GGUGCUAGGCUGUCGGAGAUGGAGCCUUUAUUGAUGGUGGUGGACUUGGUGCAGCGGCUGGAUGCUGUGCCGGGGUCCGGUUUCUCAUUCACCGUUCAGGAGUUGUGCCGCUGGUGCCGGGACGGAGGAGAGCCAGGGGCGCCCGACCCUGGUCGGCUGGAGAUAUUUGGGCUGUUGGUGGAGAAGCUGGCGCCGGGCGCCGAGGACCGCGAUGUCUCCAGCUCCUUGCGGGACCUGGCCAUCGGCUGGUGCCUGCCGCUCUUGCGGCAUUUGCAGCUGGAGGAGCAGAGCCGGAGGCUGGUGUGCUCCCUUUGCGGCCUGCUCCACGCCUGUUGCCUGCGGAGCCCACCUGCCCUGCUUCGGGACGUGACCACCCCGAGCCUGAGGGAUCUGCGGAGCUACACCGAGGAACGGGGUAGGGCUGGUCUGGUUGAGGGCAAGGAAGCUCGGAGCGGCGAGUCCCAGGCCUCCGAGUACUCGGACAUUCGAGUCACCGUCGAGGUGCUGGUGAGGAUGGCGCCGCUGCUGCUUCUGGAGCCAGGAGUCGGGGCACAGGAGCUGCUACAGCUCGGCCUGACCGCUGUCAGAGUGGGGGAGGACAGCGUGGCAUCCAGAGUGGCCACCGGCUUGAUGCUGGCUCUUCUUCGGCACCCGGGCAGCUCGGUGUCAAAGUGCCUGUUCGCCCAGGAGAUCUGGGAUGGCGUGAAACACUGGGGAAAGACCGGCUCCGUCUCCAGAUCCCUGCUGUUGCUGACCUCGCUUCCUCCCCGUCUGCUCUUUGAUACCGGAGACCGGUCAUCCCCCGAUACCUUCGAUCUCCGAAUUUGUCCGGAAUUUUGGGAAAUGGUGCAAACGGGUUUGGUGCAGCCGGAUAACACGUCGCGCAAGAGAGCCAUGUACCUGUUAAAGAGAGCUGUGGAAGUUUCGAACUCAUUGAGGAGUGAAAUCAGUUCAGAGUCUCAGGCUGAAUCCAAUACGUGCCUUUUCUGGUGGUCGGGUGAAAAAAGCAAGCAACUUUUCCAGUUAUGGGAAAAUUAUAUUUUAAUAAUGGAAACACUGGAAGAAAAUCAAGUUCAUGUCAUAAGACCAAUAUUACCUCGACUCAAGAGCUUAAUGGAUGCCACUGUUUCCAAUGACCAGGGUCGUUCACUUUUUCACACAUCCUGGCUCCUUUGUGCUUACAAACGAAUGUUUGAUAGUGAAAACAAAACUGCAAUGAAAGAAAGCCUGUUUCAGUUUCUUGAUCUUAGUAUCACAAAGUAUCCUUUCAGAAUUCAAGAUCUUUGUGAGUUUAUCUGCGGACCAGUGAUGGAUGCUCUUUCAGAAAGUACAUUUUACAGCAGAUCUCCAGAACAGAAACUUGGCAGCCGUCCUAUUCUAGCUGAGAAGUUACAGACAUAUCUUGUUAAUUUUGUAGAAAAUGUGGCUGAAGAAUUCCAAGGUGACUUUCUCAUGAAGUUGAUUAAGAGCAUGGCUGCUAAGCACUGGUGUGCUAUUCCCAUACUUUUCAUCUCACAAGCUCUUGUACAUAUUCCAACACGCAAAACCUGGGGAGUGGAAGGGCUUCAUGCUGUUCGGGAAGUAAUGUGCUGCACUAUGACCAAUCAUCAAGUGUUGCUGCGAGAAGCAGCUCAAUGUUAUCUUCUACAGACUGCAAUACACUUGACUAAUGUGGAAAGAGUAACACUGUCUGACAUUUCAAACUUCUUGGCAUUCAUUCGAACUGAAGAGGCUUUAUCUCGGGGUACUAAUUUGUGGAUGGAGUUGUGCAAAUGGUUACACAAUAAUGACAGAAAUUUCAGGCCUGAAGAAGUUGCUGCUGAACUGCAUCUUGAAAGAUCUGCCUUAAGUUUCUAUGUUCAGAAUCUAGUGGAACAGUACCUGAAGGUUCCAGUGACUGAAGGAGAAAAUACCAGUUUAAUGCCAGACUGGUUUGAGGCCCAACUUGUUGCCCGGAUGAUUCUCCUUGCUGCUGACGUCGAAGGGCAAUACGACACUCAAGGGGAUCAGAAGGCCUUCGAUUGUUUCUUGCAACCCCUUCUGAGUGCUUUAAAGAAGCUGACUACCCAUGCCUAUUUACCUGUGCUGAAAGCAGAUAAGAGCCUGCAGCUGUUAUUGAAGCUGAUGGAGAUGUCUGUCCCAAAACACCACAUAAAACCAGAAGACAGGAUACUGAAUGCACUACGAGAUUGUCUCAUGUCUUCGGUAGAACAAGUCUUGGAGUAUACUCUUAGGAGGUUAACAAGUGAACUAAAAACUGUUUUGGACCUUGACAGAUGUCAUCUCUAUCUCGCUGUGAUGAGUGAGAUAGUGAAGGCACUUUCAGUAGUGGGCUGGGAGAGAGGUUCUUGCAUCUGGAGCUACAUCUCUUCCCUGACACAGGCUUCAAUUCAGCAUCUUCAGAUUUCCAGUGAUGAUGAGGUUCUGAAAUUAGGACAACAAAUCCAAAUGGUAGUCGCUAGAGCUUCUUUGGCUUGGAUUUGCAAGAUUAAUGCCCAGUAUCCAGACCUGCAGCUUGACUCCCUCAAUGCUGUCAAAACAUUGGUCAAAUCUGUUUUAACUGGUCCAUUCAACAAGAAUCUUGAGAAACCUUUCUUCAGUAAGCAAGACAAUGGACUUUCAGAGGAUGUAUUUUCAGCUGAGGGCUGGGGAAAGGUCUCUACACAGUAUAUCCAUGAUCAUUGGGCCUGUAUCUAUUUUAUUUUGAACAAACUUGAACAGACAUCUGAAACUGUAGCCAACAAGAGUUCGUUACCUGCUGUAAAAAAUCCAGCUCUCAUUCUUCACGCCUGUGUAGAAGCACUUAACAUUGUGCGAUCGGACCAAGUACUUCCCAUACUGCAAUGCAUGAAGAUUCUUGUUCCUAAGCUUUACAGGUCAGAAGAAUCUCUUUGUGUGAAAUCUCUUGAUCUAGCUUGGAAGGUAGUUAUGGAUUUGAACAGCAACCAGCUGCAUUUUUGGCCUACUUUGAAUGUUUACAUAAAGAUUGCCUUUCAUCCUCAGCUACUUAGCGUCACUGGAGAAUGUACCAUUGGAAUAAAAGUGAAAGAGAUAACAAACAAAUUGCUUGAAAUAUCACAAACCAAAACUGGAGUCUUCAAUGUAUUGAUCACUCACUGUUGCCAAACAUGGCUGCCCGCUGUUUCUCCUGCUGACGGUUUUCAGGAAGAUCAUUUCAUAAGUGCUGAAAACCACAUAGGUCUUUUUUUAGAGGCUUGUCUAUUUGGACCUGUUUUUAGGAAGGAUCAGAGACUAAUUCAAGAUGUACAUACCCAUAUAGAAUUAUUGGGCGAUGAAUCUGCAGCCAGUACAGACACUGAAUGGGGAAACAGAGAUGAUCAAUCAGUGCGGAUUUGGGCCAUUAACUUCCUCUGUCAUUUAAAUGGAUCGAAUUCACUGCACAGGAAAUUCAUGGAGAAUGUUUUCAGUAAACUCCUUGAAAAGGAUGAAGAGCUGAGGAACACCAAAGGCCGAUACUAUGUGAAUUCCAUGUUGCAUCGAUUAAAGAACAGAAUUUGGCAGACACUGCUUGUAUUACUACCACAAAUGGACCAGGUUUUUCUGAGCAGCAUCAGUGAAACUGUUUAUCAGUCUGGUUUGAGUGAUAAUCAGGCAUCUGUGAAAUACUUAAUCGAAUGGUUUAUCAUCUUAAUGCUACAGAAGUGCCCUGAAUUCAUUGAUUCUUUCUGGCAAUGCUUCAGUUAUAAUCCAGAAAAUACAAAAACCAGUAUCUGCACAUUUUUGGCUGUGUUAGUUCACAUUAAAGUAAUCCUGAAGAAGAUUUCAAAAAAGGACCAACAUUUGAAGAAAGCUUUGGGUGUGGUAUUGCCAUGGUGUCUAAACCACAACUUCAGUGUGCGACUGUAUGCCCUCCUUGCCUUACAGCAUGUUUGGGAGGCAUGUUUACAGUCAAAGGUUGAAGACAAGGAGCUGCAAUAUUUGGCACCGAUUAUUGAGUCUUGUCUAGAACAAGCUGGAAACAAGCAAACCGCAGGGAAUGCUGGAAAGAACUGGCAGAGAAUUCAGGACCAUUUCUUAUUUAGAAAAUUUCAACCAUUAGAAGACUACAGUUUAGAGGCGAUAUUUUACAUCUUUCCAAGGUUAUCAGAUGUUAUAGAAGAUGAAUGGAUUCCUGCCUGGAAGUUCAGCCGAAUUAUGAAUCUCAUGUCCUCCAGUUCUUCAGUUAAUGUAUUUAACUCGAGGAAUCAGCUUUGUGAUGUGAAGUUAACAGGCUGGGUUCAACAAGAUAAAGGUUAUGACCACGUUGAAGUAAGUCAAGAUAUUGAGUGGACCGAUAUACAAAAGAAGAUAAUGCCAUGGAAGAAUGGCAUCCCGGAUAAAGACUUGGAACUGAUCUGUCAGCAACAAACCACAAACUUUGGAAAAUCAUCUGUUAGCAAUCUAAUUAUAGUGGCAUCACUUAUUGACAAGUCUACUAACCUGGGAGGUUUAUGUCGGACUAGUGAGAUAUUUGGGGCUUCUGCACUGGUUGUAAACAACAUGCAUUGUGUGAAUGACAAACAGUUUCAGGCCCUCAGUGUUUCUGCUGAACAGUGGCUAUCAGUCAUUGAGGUGAAACCUGCUCAGUUGGUUGAAUAUCUGCAGCAAAAGAAAACUGAAGGACUUACAAUCAUUGGAGUGGAACAAACAGCCAACAGCCAUAAUCUUGCACAGUACAGCUUCCCAGAAAAAUCAUUGCUUUUGCUCGGGAAUGAACGAGAGGGAAUUCCAGCCAAUUUGAUCCAGCACCUCGAUGUUUGUGUGGAAAUCCCCCAACGUGGUAUCAUCCGGUCACUCAAUGUUCAUGUUAGUGGAGCCUUGCUCAUGUGGGAGUACACACGCCAGCAGAUGUUGAAGCAAGGUGUGAGACCACAAACUGGGACUGCACUGAAGUGAGAAUUAAAGAGAGAGCUUUUUUCAAUGUGGAAGAAAUCUACAAAUCCUUAGAUAAUCUGGUGAAAAUAAAGUGCUACUGGAAGAUAUCCUGGACACGAUGACCUUAUUAAGCAGGGAACUGUCUUGUAUAUACAAAGCCCAAAUUAAUUCACUUGUAUGAUUUUAAUGUUUAUAUUUCAAUAAUUUUUAUUUUCCCCUUGGAUAGCAACAUUGGAAGAGGAAUAAGCCCAUUCUAUUAUUCAGUUACCUCAUGGCCCACUACCCCUUUAAUUCUCUCAUCUAACAAAUCUAUAAACCUGUAUCUCAGUUUUGAACUUCCCUAUUGACUUCAAAAGCUCUCUAGUGGUUAUUCAAGGUUGUAAGAGUUUUCAGAUUUCUACCACUGUUUGUAGGAAAACCCCAGACCUCCUAUCAGCAGCUAGAAUGUUUCCCCAAAAUGAAUGUUUUGAGUAAUUAAACUAGUGAAACAGAGCGUCUCAAUGGCUGCACAUAUUGUUUUUCAAAUCAGCCGUACCAUCUUAAAUCUGCCACUUAUAAAUUAAGACAGUGCAAAAGAUUGCGAUGACCGAGGUAAUUGGAAAUUUAAGUGUUGCAACAAAUUUGUAUUUAUACAUAGUUUUUCUUGAAUCUUCCUGAAAAGAGAGGCACCGUACUGAAGAUUUUCCUCUGGUAUUCAAUAGGACAAAUACAAGAAUGGCAGGUCAGGCAGCAUCCAAGGAACAGGAAAUUCGACGAAGAAGGACUUAUGCCCGAAACGUUGAAUCUCCUGUUCCUUGGAUGCUGCCUGACCUGCUGUGCUUUUCCAGCAACACAUUUUCAGCUCAUGCAGAAAUGGUGACAACCAAGAAAAAUCCUCAUUAACUUAUGGAGGUGGUGCUCUUUAGGUGGUCUUUAAAAAAUGUAUUUACAAUGCAGAUGCAGAUCAUUUGGCCCAACAUGUCUAUUCCAUUGUUUGUGCUUCACAUGAGCCUCUUCCGACUGCUUGCAGGAAUCCCCAGUAACACAUUAAUAUGAAACAAAGGAAUGUAGAUACUGGAAGUCUAAAAGAAAAACAGAAAUUGUUGUGGAACUCUUGGCAGCAUUUGUGGUUCCUUCAGAAAGGGUCACUGGACUCAAAACAUAACCUUGGCUUCUCUCCCCAGAUGCACCAGUGACACAUUCUUCUUUUCCUUUCUUUCUCAUAUAUUUAUGUUCGCUAUACCUUCAACACAUCUAUAUCAUUCAUCUCAACAGCACCUUGUGAUGGCAAGUUGUGUGGUCUAACCACACUCUGGCUAAAGAAAUCUUUCCUUAAUUAGCAAUUGGAUCUAGUGCUGACCAUCUUAUAUUUCUGGGACCUUGUUGUAGCCUUGCGUACAAGUAGAAAUAUCUUCCACAGACUUUCUUAAUCAUACUCUUAAUAUUUGAGACCUAUUGUUAGGUCUCAAAGUAUCUAGAUCAUCAUCCUUUAAUCACCUCCAGCUCAAGAGAAAAGCCCCAAAGCUUGCUGAAUCUUUCCCAAUCGGUUACAGUAAAAUUCAAGGAAUUUUUCAUUGCACCUCCUCCAUCAUCUUAACAUCGUUUUUAUAAUAUAGCAAUAUAAACUACUUUCAAAUACCUGCUGCUUUUCAAAUCUACACCUCUUGAAAUGAAUGUUUGUGCUCAAUAAACUGUCAUUGUUUGAAA